AUGUUGAAGUUUAAAUGCGGCGCCCGAAAUCCAGUAGAGGCAGGACCGAUGGAGCCCAUCACCAGCCGAAUUUCUCGGUUAAAUCUGCUCUUUCAGGGGAAGCCACUCUUUCUGACUCAACAGCAGAUGUCUCCUCUCUCCCGGGAAGGCAUCCUUGAUUCUUUAUUCGUUCUUUUUGAAGAAUGCAAAAACCCUGCUUUAAUGAGAAUUAAACAUGUUGGCAACUUUGUCAAGAAGUAUGCAGAGACUAUAGCUGAAUUAAGGGAACUGCAACCCAGUGUGAAGGACUUUGAAGUAAAGACUGUGGUUGGCUGUGGUCACUUUGCAGAUGUAAAAGUAGUAAGAGAGAAAGUUACUGGUGAUGUAUAUGCUAUGAAGGUGAUGAGCAAGGAGUCCUUGUUGGCGCAGGAGCAUGUGUCAUUUUUUGAGGAAGAACGUAGUAUAUUAUCUCAGAGUACCAGUCCAUGGAUUCCACAGUUACAAUAUGCAUUUCAAGACAGGAAAAAUCUCUACUUGGUUAUGGAGUAUCAGCCUGGAGGGGACUUACUGUCACUCUUAAACCGGUAUGAGGACCAACUAGAUGAGAGUAUGGUGCAGUUUUAUCUUGCAGAGUUGGUUUUAGCCAUUCACAGUGUCCAUCAGAUGGGUUAUGUACACCGAGAUAUCAAGCCAGAGAAUGUUCUUAUUGACCGAACAGGACACAUUAAACUGGUGGACUUUGGGUCAGCUGCCAAAAUGACAGUGAACAAAAUGGUAAAUGCCAAGCUACCUGUUGGCACACCUGACUACAUGGCACCAGAAAUGCUAACGGGGUUGAAUGGAGAUGGCAAAGCUUCUUAUGGUCCAGAAUGUGACUGGUGGUCCCUAGGAGUCAUUGCGUAUGAAAUGAUUUAUGGAAGAUCUCCGUUCACUGAAGGGACUUCAGCAAAAACUUUCAAUAACAUCAUGAACUUCCAGAGAUUUCUGAAGUUCCCAGAGGAUGUGAAAGUUAGUAGUGAAUUUCUUGAUCUGAUCCAGAGCCUGCUUUGCGGGCAGAAGGAAAGGCUGGGUUAUGAGGGACUCUGCUGCCAUCCAUUUUUUUCUAAAAUUGACUGGAAUGAUAUCCGUAACUCUCCUCCCCCCUUCGUUCCUUCUCUCAAGUCUGAUGAUGACACCUCAAAUUUUGAUGAACCAGAGAAGAAUUCGCGGGUUUUAUCCUCUACGCGCCAGUUGAACCCAGCAGGCUUCUCGGGUGAAGAUUUGCCGUUUGUGGGGUUUUCAUUCAUCAAGGCAUUAGGGAUCCUCAGAUCAGAAUCUGUUUUUUCAAGUGUGGAUUCUCCAGCUAAGGUCAGCUCCAUGGAAAAGAAACUUCUGCUCAAGAGCAAAGAACUCCAAGACGCCCAGGACAAGUGUCACAAGAUGGAGCAGGAAAUGACGCGGUUGCACCGGAGAGUGUCAGAGGUGGAGGCUGUACUUAGCCAAAAGGAGGUGGAACUGAAAGCCUCUGAGACCCAGCGAUCCCUCCUGGAGCAGGACCUGGCCACCUAUAUCACAGAAUGCAGUAGCUUAAAGCGAAGCCUGGAGCAGGCACGGAUGGAGGUGUCUCAGGAAGAUGACAAGGCACUACAACUACUUCAUGAUAUCAGAGAGCAAAGCCGAAAACUGCAAGAGAUAAAAGAACAGGAAUAUCAAGCUCAAGUAGAAGAAAUGAGGUUGAUGAUGAAUCAAUUAGAAGAGGAUCUUAUUUCAGCUCGCAGGCGUAGUGAUCUUUAUGAAUCGGAGUUGAGAGAGUCCCGACUGGCAGCUGAAGAAUUCAAACGUAAAGCUACUGAAUGUCACAACAAAUUGCAAAAGGUUAAAGAUCAAGGAAAAAAUGAAGCAGGAGAGUUGUAUACCAAAUUGGAGAAGAUCAAUACAGAGCAGCAGGCCAAAAUCCAGGAGCUGCAGGAAAAGCUGACAAAGGCUGUGAAAGCGAGUUCAGAGGCAACUGAACUUCUUCAGAAUAUCCGUCAAGCAAAGGAGAGAGCUGAGAAGGAGUUAGAGAAACUGCAGAAUCGGGAAGAUUCUAAUGAAAGCAUGAAGAAGAAAUUGCUUGAAGCGGAGGAACGGCGACAUUCUCUGGAGAAUCAAGUGAAGAGAUUAGAGACUGUGGAACGAAGAGAAAACCGUCUAAAGGAAGAUAUUCAAACUAAAUCUCAACAGAUUCAACAGAUGGCAGAAAAAAUUCUGGAGCUGGAAGAAAAGCAUCGUGAGGCUCAGAUUGCAGCACAACAUCUGGAGUUGCAGCUGAAACAGAAGGAACAAUUCUAUGAGGAAAAACUCAAAGUGUUGGAAAAUCAGAUGAAGAAAGAUCUUGCAGAUAAGGAAGCACUUGAGAAUAUGCUCAGAAGACAUGAAGAAGAAGCACAUGAGAAAUGUAAAGUCCUGGCUGAACAGAAGGCGAUGAUCAAUGCAAUGGAUUCGAAGAUUAGGUCACUGGAGCAGAGAAUAGUGGAAUUGUCUGAGGCCAAUAAACUGGCAGCAAAUAGCAGCCUUUUUACCCAGAGGAACAUGAAAGCCCAAGAGGAGAUGAUUUCAGAGCUCAGGCAACAGAAGUUCUACUUGGAAACACAAGCUGGAAAGUUAGAGGCCCAGAAUCGAAAAUUAGAAGAACAAUUGGAAAAGAUGAGUCACCAAGAUCACACUGACAAGAACCGCCUGUUGGAGUUAGAGACUAGGCUGCGAGAGGUUAGUCUAGAGCAUGAAGAACAAAAGCUGGAACUCAAAAGGCAGCUGACAGAAUUGCAGCUGACACUCCAGGAGCGGGAAUCUCAAAUUACUGGGCUGCAGGCUGCACGGACAGCCCUGGAGAAUCAGCUCCGCGAAGCCAAAACUGAACUAGAGGAGACUACAGCUGAGGCAGAGGAAGAGAUUCAAGCUCUCACAGCACAUAGAGAUGAAAUCCAGCGUAAAUUUGAAGCCCUUCGUAAUAGCUGCACAGUGAUUACAGAUUUGGAAGAGCAGCUGAACCAGCUCAGUGAAGACAAUGCAGAACUGAACAAUCAGAAUUUCUUCCUUUCCAAACAACUUGAUGAGGCCUCAGGGGCCAAUGAUGAGGUUGUCCAGUUGCGAAGUGAAGUUGACCAUCUCCGUCGGGAGAUCACCGAGAGAGAGAUGCAGCUUACCAGUCAGAAACAAACUAUGGAGGCCUUGAAGACAACAUGUACAAUGCUGGAAGAGCAAGUAAUGGACUUGGAGGCCCUGAAUGAUGAACUCCUGGAGAAAGAGCGCCAGUGGGAAGCAUGGAGAAGUGUUCUAGGGGAUGAGAAGUCCCAGUUUGAAUGUCGAGUUAGAGAGUUGCAGAGGAUGCUGGAUACUGAGAAACAGAGCAGAGUGAGAGCAGAUCAGCGUAUUACUGAAUCUCGCCAGGUGGUAGAACUAGCUGUCAAAGAACACAAGGCAGAGAUUCUAGCCCUCCAGCAAGCACUAAAGGAACAAAAACUCAAGGCUGAGAGCCUUUCUGAUAAGCUCAAUGACCUGGAGAAGAAGCAUGCUAUGUUGGAGAUGAAUGCGCGCAGUUUACAACAGAAGCUUGAGACAGAAAGGGAGCUCAAGCAGAGACUUCUGGAGGAGGUAACCUUGGGAAUUCAUGUUAUAAAUUCAGAAGAAGGUUCCACAUAUUGA